UCUAGUCUCUAAAAGCUUUUUUAUUUUCUCUCUUCACAAGAUUAAACCCAAAGGCGUACGCGUGCGUGCGUUUCCACGCGCCACGACUAACUCUUCUGUCUCGAGCAUCCUCUUCGCUCCGAUCAUCGAAUCGAUCUCUCGUUCCGAGCCGUUUCGUCGAACCCAACUCCCAAAGCCCUAGGACAUUCCACUGCCGUCUAUCAAAUCUCAAAUCCUAAUUUAGGGUUCCGUCACUGAAAUCGACACCUUCCUCCCCCACAGAUUUCGAUUCUGAGCUCAUCGUGACAUGUGAUUGCUGUUUCCCUCAAAAAUGGUAGAUAGCUGCAGUAGUAAUAAGAAGAGGAAAGAGUUCAUCAGUGAAGGAGACAUCGCCACUCUUCUCCAAAGAUAUGACACCAUGACGAUACUGAAGCUGCUUCAGGAGAUGGCUUACUACGCUGAGCCGAAGAUGGACUGGACUGAGCUGGUGAAGAAGACUAGUACUGGAAUCACCAGUGCUAGAGAAUACCAGCUGCUAUGGCGCCAUCUUGCUUAUCGAGAUUCUCUCCUCCCCAUGGACGAUAACGCUCUCCUUCAGGAUGAUGAUAGUGACAUGGAGUUUGAAUUGGAAGCUUCCCCUGCAGUCACCGUUGAUGCGGUAUCGGAAGCUGUUGCGCAUGUUAAAGUGAUUGCUGCUUCCUAUGUGCCAAGCGAGUCCGACAUUCCUGAAGACUCAAUUUGUGAGGCUCCCUUGACCAUUAAUAUACCUUAUGGCCUGCAAAGGAGGCCUCUAGAGCCGUCAGGCUCGUAUUGGUCGUCAAGAGGGAUGAAUAUCACCUUUCCAAUCUCUCUUCAGAAAGCAGCUGAGGGACAUAAUGGAAAUGGGUUAGCCAGUAACAUGGCCGGUCCUCGCAAGAAAAGAAAAAAAUGGUCAGUCGAGGAGGAUUUGGAGCUGAUCGCUGCUGUGAAACGACAUGGUGAAGGCAGCUGGGCCCUUAUUUCUAAGGAAGAAUAUGAGGGAGAGAUAACUGUCGCACAACUUUCUCAGCGGUGGGGAUCUAUAAGGAGAAGGGGUGAUAUAUCAAACUCUUCUACUCAAUCUUACCAACAGCGAACAGAAGCUGCCAAUCGUGCAUUAUCUUUGGCUGUGGGAAAUCGAAUUCCCUCAAAAAAGGUUGCAGUAGGUAUACCUCCAGUGCUUACAUCCGGUAGCACCACAGGAGCACAAGGCAAUGGUAGUUCAUUGCAAGGUCAACAACAGGCUAAGCCAGUAGUUCAAGCAAUUCCCCGGGCAGCAACAGCCGUUCAAACUGCAAAAUCUCGAGUCACCGCAAGGAAACCAACUUCCACUUUGAGAGCAGAACUAAUGGUAACAGCAAAUUCAGUAGCUACUGCAGCCUGUAUGUCUGGCCUGGGAACUGCUGCAUCAGUGCCAAAGGUUGAACCAGGAAAGAAUGCUGCUCCUGCGUUAGUGUCAAAGGUUAAAUCCUCCCAAGCUUCUUUGCCUCGUCCUUCCGGUAUAUCAUCAGUAUUGAAUGUUGAGCCUGUAAAAACCGCUUCGGCAGCUUCUUUGCCUCGUCCAUCAGGUAUAUCACCAACACUGAAUGCCGAGCAUGUAAAAUCCGCAUCGACAGCUUCUUUCCCUCGUCCGUUAGGUACUAUAUCAUCAUCAAAGGCCGAGCCUGUUAAAACCGCUUCGGCAGCCGCUUUGCCACGGCUAUCAGCGCCAAAGGCAGAUCUUGUAAAAACCGGUCAUGCAGUCUCUUUGCCUCGUCCAUCAGGUAUCACAUCAUCAACAAAGGCUGAGCUUAUGAAAACCGCUUCUGCAGCAUCUUCACCUCGUCCAGAAAGCAUGCCAUCAGCACCAAAGGGUGAGCCAUUAAAGAGUGUUUCUGCUGCUGCUGCUGCUACUACUAAAACUCAAGUGGUUGGACCUUUGAGUGCAAGGAAUGCAGCUAAUGGACCUUUUAAUAAGCCUUCCCCUAUGGCUCCUUUCUCCAAAGGGCCUACAAUCCAGAAUAUUUCAGUUCCUUCUAGAUUUGCGUCUUCAAGGUUGGCUCCCACACAGAGAGUUAAUGCAACUACUGCAAUGCCGCAAAAUCCAAGUGUGGGAGCGGCAGUUACCUCAUCUAGCAAGCCGGUUGGUGUACAGAAAGAGCAAACUCAGGGAAGCAGAACAAGCCCCUUGGUUACAACAACACUUCAGCCAAAUAAAACCAUCUCAACAAACUCAGUGAUUAGCGCAGGAAAGCCGGUGGCUACACAAGUGGACACUCCUCCUAGUCUUAUGCCUAAAAAGGACCAAGUACCUCAGACUUGCACCGAUAAAAGUUCUUUGGCUAAACCACCUGAAAAAAUGAGUAGUUCCACUGUUCCACCUUCUGUUGUGGCUGAGCCUGAAUCAAAACCCAAGGACGAAGCAAGUAAAGGAAAAAGUCCUGAUGUUGCAACCGUGACAGGGACCGAGCAGCAGUAGUUGUAGUUUUUAUUUGCUGCAUUGUUUUAGUGCUUUUAUUAAUGUUUUUUUUUUUCCUUAGGAAUAAGACAAGAAUGUGAUGAUGUACAGUAGUACUUACUACUACUAAUUAGUACGAAUCUAAAUAUAAUUCGAAAACUCCAAAGUAGA